AUGUAUGCUGUUCGUGUCCACGGGUGGAAGCCGGUACACAAGAAGCGGCGUCGCAGACAUCGACACCACGGUACCAAGGAACGCAUAUACGUGCACCUCGAUGAUCCAAAGACCGAGAAAGACCAUCUAGCUUCCUACCUUCAAAUUGUCAAUGAGGUAUCAUAUCCAGCUGUAGCAGCUACCAAAGACAAUCGAUUUUGA